GUACAUUUACUUUUUCAACCAUUUUUUCACAAAAAAGAUAAAUUCAUUCGAAGUUCGAUUUCAGCAUUUAUCAAAAUUACAAUAAAUUUUUAAUGCACCUGUACUUUUGUUUCUAAUCUUCAAAUUAUUAAUGUUCAUGCUUCAAACUAAAACGAUACACUUUCAGCCUUCCCACUGAUUUGAAGCUCAUAAAUUCUAGGAUAAUAAUUUUAAUAUAUUUUUUAUACUUUUGAAAAAUGUAGAAGCAUUUAAAAUAAAAAAUUAUUCAUACGUAGCGCUUCGAGGUUUUUUUUAAUCUGCUGCAUCAAAUUUUAAAUUUAUUAAAUUUAGUGAAAAGAAAAUGAUUUACGCGAAUAUUUUAUAUUGUCUACUUAUUGCGCAAUUGACAUAUUACAUAUGCGUUUGAAGAAUUUGAUAAAUUAUGUAAUGACAAUGGAAUGAUAGUACAUUAUGGUAUUAGUGAUUGCAUGGUUCAUUGUGUAAAACCUACAGAAAAAGAAGAUAUUUAUGAUGAUGAUUAUUUUUUUUACGAAUUUCUUGAGUCUAAAGAUUUGGCUGUUAAAAAUGGUUCGCCUUGCUCUUCAAAUGGAUUCUGUCAAAAAGGAUUCUGCGUAAAUAAAACCACUAUCGAUAAUAGUACAACUGUCAAUGCUAUCAAUACUACUAUUACUACUAUCAAUACUAUCGAUACUACUGAUAUUAAUACUGUUACUACUGAUAUCAAUACUGACACAACUGAUAUCAACACUGAUACAACUACUAUAAAAGUUGAAAAUUAAAUUAAAGAAAUAAUUUAUUAAUAUAUGCCUAAAAAAAGAUGCUGUAUUUUUCAAACGGACUCAUGCUCGUUUAUGAUUCAAUAAAUGUUUUA